AUGGAAAAGCAGAAAGGGAGGAGUCGGCAACUGAAGGAUACGGGCAGUGAAGUUACGCAGGACCUCACUUGGGACGAGGUGAACUGCUCCGUCCUCGGGAACAACAUUCGACUCUUGUACUACAUGGGCCUGUGGCCACUGGGGAGUUCCCGGGCCUACCGCGCUUACACGGCGUUCAGUCUCAGCUUCAGCGCCGCCGCCAUAGUGAUGAAGGUCGUCGGGGCCUGUUACAACCUGAGCGACAUCGACCAGGUGACGGGGGCGCUGAGCACCAUCCUGCCGAUGAGCGGCGGACUCGCCAACGGGCUGUUCCUCAUAAGGCGGCGGCCCGCCAUCUGCCGCAUGGUGCGCUCCAUCGACCGCCUGGUGGCCCAGCAGCGGCGGUACUUCGAGCGCGACGAGCGGAUGGCGGCCGCCGUGGGUCGCGCCCAGAGGAAGACCCUGCUCGUGACGCUGGCGGUCUCGGGCUACCUGUUCACCAUCGCCGGCUACUGGAUCUUCAUCGCCUUCCUCGAGCCCCCCAGCAAGAGGAUCAUGCCGUUCGUCCAGCUGCCCUGGAUGGCCAAUUCGGGGCUCGGCCUCUUCUGGUUCACGUUCGCCCUGCAGCUCUACACGGCUCCCUUCUGCAGCUACACCACUCUCUUCGUCGAGUUCUUCUACCUCGCAGUCAUGCUGCACCUUUCUGCCCAGUUCAAGGUCCUCGGCAGCCGCUUUGCGAGCCUAGGACGGUCCCAGGGAUCCAAAGCUAAGGCUGGAACAGAGUCGGAUCUGGCGACAGCGGACUCCAAUGCGGUGUACGACGAGCUGCGUCUGUGUGUCGAAACGCAUCAGAAACUGCUCAGGUAA